GCACUUCCCGUUUGGAACAAUGCCUGAUCCAUAAUUUUGCCACCCCUAAUGAUUGGAGAUAUCAAAUCCGGUUAUGAUUCUUCAUUUUGUAUAGAAUCGUUGCAGAUCACGAGAAUGAGUUCUUCACAUUCAACAGAAAACUGCCUUGGAUGGGCUGCAAGAGACCCUUCCGGAGUUCUCUCUCCUUUCAAUUUCAGCCGCAGGGUUGUUGGGAGCGAUGACGUUUCACUAGAUAUUUCUUAUUGCGGCGUCUGUUAUGCUGAUGUUAUAUGGUCAAGGAGCAUCCAUGGGGCCUCAAAGUAUCCUCUAGUGCCUGGACAUGAGAUUGUGGGAAUUGUGAAGGAGGUCGGGUCCAAUGUCGGGCGCUUUAAAGUCGGUGACCCUGUGGGAGUUGGGACAUAUAUUAACUCUUGCCGCGAAUGUGAGUAUUGUGAGGAGGGGUUAGAAGUUCAGUGUUCAAAGGGAAGUGUUUUUACAUUUGAUGACAUAGAUGCUGAUGGUACAGUCACUAAGGGAGGAUACUCUAGUUACAUUGUUGUUCAUGAAAGGUAUUGCUACAAAAUCCCAGAGAACUACCCUCUUGCCCUGGCAGCGCCUUUGUUGUGUGCUGGGAUUACUGUGUACACUCCGAUGAUACGGCAUAACAUGAAUCAACCUGGAAAGUCUUUAGGCGUGAUUGGACUAGGUGGUCUUGGUCACUUGGCUGUGAAGAUUGGCAAAGCUUUUGGGCUUCAAGUGACAGUUUUCAGCACCAGUGUAUCAAAGAAGGUGGAAGCUUUGUGUCUUCUUGGAGCAGACAACUUUGUGAUCUCGUCUGAUGAACAACAGAUGACGGCACUGUGUAAAUCAUUUGACUUCCUGAUUAACACUGCCUCUGGAGAUAUCCCGUUUGAUCUGUACUUGUCGCUGUUGAAGACUGCUGGUGUUCUUGCUUUGGUGGGGUUCCCGAGCACGGUGAAAUUCAGUCCUGGAAGCCUAAAUAUGGGCAUGAAAUGCAUUUCCGGGAGCAUAACUGGUGGAACGAAGCUCACACAAGAGUUGCUGGAGUUCUGUGCUGCCCACAAGAUAUACCCUGAAAUUGAAACAAUUCCAAUUCAGUACGUGAACGAUGCGUUUGAGAGAUUAGUGAAGAAGGAUGUCAAGUACCGUUUCGUAAUUGAUGUUGGGAGCUCCCUCAAAUAGGAUGGAAUCUGCACUUGAUAAGUAGUAAAUGGGACAUCCCCUUCUUUUACUAGUCCACAUAUCAUAAAUAAGCUUGAAAGCAUUGUAUUAGGAGCUGUUUGCUUUGCUAUUUUUUGUGUAAUACAAGGUCUAAGAUCAGAAUGAACUAAAGAUGUAAAGGAUGAUUUGUAUUCAUCCACCAUUCUUAUUGGAUUUUGCAAAGAGUUCAAUAUUGUGUCUUACAUUGGGUAAGGCACAACUGCACUUGAAGCGUUGUGUCCUGGAUAUAAAGUUUAGUUACCAUU